GUUCGUCUGUCAUGGCGGACUCGGAAUACUCGGUAGUAGUACUUACAAAAUCCAUCUGAAUCAUCAACAUUUCGCGUCCAUCCUCAAAAGGAAAGGUGUAAUAUAAGUCAUAAUUAACUGAAGAUUACAUAGAAGUCAUGUAUGACCCAGAAGACGGUAAGAAACUAUUUUUAAUUUGUGGUUAACUUUGUUACUCUUUAAUUUCAAACCAAAACAAACUGGCGUUCACAAAACAUGCCGGUCAUUAGUUAUUAUUGCUGAUUCUUCGUAGAAGUUGGCUAUGGAGAGGAGGAGGGAGAAGAAAUUACUCGAGAUUUAUGGCAGGAAGCUUGCUGGAUUGUCAUUAGCUCGUAUUUUGACGAAAAAGGCCUUGUUCGACAGCAGUUGGAUUCCUUUGACGAGUUUAUCCAGAUGUCUGUGCAAAGAAUUGUCGAAGACUCUCCUGAAAUUGAUCUACAAGCGGAGUCGCUUCACAUGACUGCAGAUACUGAAACUCCAGUAAGUUACAAAAUUAUAACUGAGUUUGUUAAGGAGGCUAUGUCAUGCCGCGAGUUUGCACACUGAGCACAUCCGGUUUGACACUUACAGGUGUCAAUAGGCUGUCUCUCUUGUUGAUCUAAAUCCAAUCAGUCUAAAGUAAAAUAAUUUGCAGCAGUUCCUAGCGAAUGAUGCAAGGAAUAUAUCAAACAAGGAUGCUGCAAGUGGCUUCUAAGAUUCUUACAGCUGGCUAACCCAGCCUUGAAUUAAUAAACAUUCUUCCUUCUUGAGAAGACUUAGGGUAGAGUUGAGUUAGUUUUAGCCUAGAUUCACUUUAGUAAAUGAGCAUCAAAAUUUCCCUUAUAUUUAAAGAUAAUGUUUUUCUUUAUAGCCAAGAUUCUUACUUAAGUUUGAACAAAUUUAUCUGUCAAAACCAACUCACUGGGAAAAAGAUGGUGCUCCAAGUCCUAUGAUGCCAAACGAAGCAAGGCUACGCAAUCUGACGUAAGUAUUGUAGAGUUGUACUUGUCAGAAACCUUUCUAUUCAAGAAUGAGUUUGAUACCAGUGAAGUAUUUGAAUUAAGUUUGUUACAAAAUACUAACAAAAUGUACACUGUGGAGCUUCACUGUACUUUUUGUAGGUUUGCACACCAAUUUUCUUUCUGUGAUGAAGUUGGUUCCUUUCCAAAUUGGUACCUUGUUUACCACCUAGCCAAUUUGAGAAAGACUUGUCUAAAAAUGUUUAGAGUAGAACUGUAUUGUAUUUUUUCAGCCAAAAUAGUAUAGAUUCAUGGGUCCACCAUUGUACUACAUGUACUGGUAAACCGGAACCCUUAUUAGUACUUGUCUUCUAAUCUAAAAUCUUCGUUUAUGUGUGGGCUAUUUGUGAUACAAAAUCAUUUGUGUUGGAAAAGGCCUUUAAAUUUUUUUGUAUACGCUGCAUAAAUUUAUUUAUUUUAUAAGUGAAAAUGUUCAGUGAAAAAGUGAUAAGUCAUAGAAAAAGACCCAUGAACAGUUUGAUGCAGCUAAAUGAUGAGCAAAAUUGUGCUGUUGUGACCUACAUCCUUGGGUCUUGAAGGUUGGCUGAUUAAAAAAAAUCAACUUGUAGUUAAAUGAUGGAAAACUGAACCCCAUUAUUAAAGGACAGGCUGACUGGAACAAGUUUAAAUCUGAUGCUGUGGGAGUUUAAUUGAGAAAAUAUAGUUCAUACCCCAAAAGAGAAUUGAAAACUUAGACAUGAAAUUGUUUUGAAAAAGUAUGGCAACUUUCAUUAUUGAUGUUGAUUGUUUGCAGUUAUUCAGCCCCUCUUUAUGUUGACAUCACAAAAACAAUGAUUAGAGAAGAUGACGAACCUCAAGUCACCCAACAUAGUAAAAUGUUCAUUGGAAAAAUACCAAUCAUGUUGCGAUCCACUUACUGCCUCUUGAGUGGUUUGACAGAUCGUGACUUGACAGAACUUAAUGAGUGUCCUCUUGACCCUGGAGGCUACUUCAUUAUUAAUGGAUCUGAAAAAGUGUUGAUUGCCCAAGAGAAAAUGGCUACAAAUACAGUAUAUGUAUUCUCCAAGAAGGAUUCAAAAUAUUCAUUUACCGCAGAGAUUAGAUCAUGCUUGGAGCAUUCUUCAAGACCAACAAGCACCAUGUGGGUGUCCAUGUUAGCCAAGGGAAGUCAAGGAGGUCGCAAAAGUGCUAUUGGCCAGAGGAUUGUUGGUUCUUUACCGUAUAUCAGACAAGAAAUCCCCAUUAUGAUUGUAUUCAGAGCUCUGGGUUUUGUUGCUGAUCGGGAUAUUCUAGAGCAUAUCAUUUAUGACUUUGAUGAUCCUGAAAUGAUGGAAAUGGUGAGAAUUGAGUCAAAGAUUAAUUUUAUUGGCAGUUUGAAGUGUUGAUAUCCAAAUUUAAACAUAUACCUUGGAAAUAUAUGUGAAACUUAUAAGAUGUAUCAAAAUGCUCUUUGUAAUCUUAUAACUUUAAUACACAUGCCACCUGCCUGUAAAUGUAUGUUCUGAUAUAUCCAAAGCUAAACAAUUGUCCAAGAUAGAAGUCUGCAUUAACAAGGAGUACAUGUUUAUGUAGAGGGUUACCUUGAGCCACUGCCAGGCCAUUUGAAGAUGAUUCAUACAGGAAAUGUAUGUUGUUUUUCUUGCUGAAAAAAUGUUAUUGAUGACAAGGAUCUCUCUCAUGUUUCAGUACACUACAGGACCUACUGCGCCUCUUUGAUGUGUGGUUGGUGUAACAUGUGUGGUUUUGGAAACCAGUUUCAUUUUCUUUUUGCAUUGUGUAGCAAAAUCAAACUGGUAUAAAAAAGUUCAAACCAAGAAAAAAUUGAAAAAAUUCUCAUCUGAAUCUCUAGGUAAAACCAUCUUUAGAUGAGGCAUUUGUAAUUCAAGAACAGAAUGUGGCUUUGAACUUUAUUGGUUCUCGUGGUGCCAAACCUGGUGUUACAAAGGAGAGGCGUAUCAAAUAUGCCAAGGAAAUCCUUCAGAAGGAAAUGCUCCCUCAUGUUGGUGUUAGUGAUUUUUGUGAAACCAAGAAAGCUUACUUCCUGGGGUAAGCCAAUUUUUUUCUUUAGCUAACUUGAUUCAUUUUGUUUCAAGGUUUGCUUACAUUUCCUGUUUAAUCUGUGGAGAAAAAAAUCAAGUCAAAAAUCAAAUUUGGAAUAAAGAAUUUUCAAAAUUUACUUAACUAAAAUUCAAGCUGUACCAGAAGAAAGCACAUAACCUUUAUCUGAUUCAAAGCUUUUUGAGAGAAAAAGAUUUGGAUAACUUUGUUGGAAGAACUAACCUUUUUCAUGUGAAAGUGAGUUGCUUAUUUUUGUGUGUUGACUCACUUUAUUUGAGUGAUGAUAUACCACUUAUUUUGCAUUUCGUAGAGCAAGCACUGUUUGUGUGAUAUUUGCUCAUAAAAGAAUGGACUACUUGUAAGUCUUUUACACAAGUGGCCUUAACACAAAAGGUGAUCGCCAUUGUGGACAUCUCAUAAAUUCCAAAAAGGGAAUGGUCUGAUGAUGACAGUGAUAGGAUUGUUUUCCUUACAGAUACAUGGUUCAUAGGCUACUGUUGGCAGCACUUGGUCGUAGGGAACUGGAUGAUCGGGAUCAUUACGGGAAUAAACGGCUUGACCUUGCAGGGCCACUGCUUGCUUUUCUCUUCAGAGGGUAAGAUUAUUGUAUAAGCAUGUAAAUUGGAAAUGUUUAGAUUUACCGUAGGUUUGUUUAUUGAAUGUUCUUGUGGGUCAUGAAAUAUCAGGAUAGACUUGGAAUUUGCAUGCGAGUCUUUGAAAGUCAUGGGACAUAGCUUGAAUAUGAUAUUUUUAGUACAACAAAGUAAAACCCUUCCACUACUAGAUAAUUUUCAUGUUAUUUUGGAAUCAACUUCUAAACUUUUGGACUAGUUAAAAAAUGAAAGGUUUCUUAAAGUAAUUUGGAAGUAUGUAAUUGUAAAGAGCAACAAACCCUAAAAAUUUAUGUUUAAGUUUAAUUUUUCAUUCCCACAUUCUGUAAUGCACACAGUGUAGCUGUUACAAUUUUGGUUUCUUUUCAUUCUUUUCAAUUUUCAUUUAUUAUUCAGUUUGUAAGUUGUAAGCCAUAAUUAUAGGUAUUGGUCUUAGCACUAGUCUUGCAGUUCACACUCGUGGCUUGUGAUCAAGAACAGAUAACUGUAUUUGGGAAAGGGCAAAAAGGUUUUACAAGCAUGAGUUUUCUUCAGUCAUAACACAUUUAGGUCCUCAGUGUAAAAUAUUAAAAUAAUGUACUCUUUCUCAUUUUAUUUUUAGACUCUUCAGAAAUCUCAUGAAAGAAGUCAGAAUGUAUGCCCAGAAGUUUAUUGAUAGAGGAAAGGUAAUCAUGUAAUGCAAAUAAAUCCAUUGCUAGAGGAUUAUGCUUUUGCCUUAAACCAAUGAAAUGUCAUCACUUAUCCAGUCUAACAAGUGCUUGCCAGAAAGUAUUGGAAGAUUUGGAACUACAUUUAUCUAUCUCUAUGACCUACUCCUUUUUCCACCAGCCACCUUUGUGGUGUUAAUGAAAAGCUUUGCAGUUGUGCUAAUGGCACUUCAUUUUGCAGGACUUCAACAUUGAACUAGCUCUGAAACCUAAAGUGAUCACAGAUGGUCUGAGAUACUCUCUGGCCACUGGAAACUGGGGUGACCAGAAGAAAGCUCAUCAGUCCCGUGCAGGGGUGUCUCAGGUGCUCAGUAGACUGACCUUUGCCUCCACAUUAUCCCACUUGCGUCGUCUAAACUCACCCAUUGGUCGAGAAGGUAAGCUUGCACGUCCACGGCAGCUCCAUAACACCCACUGGGGGAUGAUAUGCCCAGCAGAAACCCCUGAAGGUCAUGCUGUUGGACUGGUGAAGAACUUGGCUUUGAUGGCUUAUAUUUCUGUUGGUUCCCAACCAAGUCCUAUCUUGGAGUUCUUGGAGGAAUGGACCAUGGAGAAUUUGGAAGAAAUAACCCCAUCUGCUAUUAGCAAGUGAGAAUUGCAGAUAUUUCUGAAAAUAUACAGUAUAUCUGAUAUUGAAUUCUGCAGGGUAACCUUUCGGUCUAGGCAAAGUAGCCCCCUGCAUUGAGUCCAUUCUUCUAACCAAACUCUAGGGAGUUCGGUUCUUUCACUUCUCUUCCAAAAGUCCAUGUAUCUUGUAACCAAACUCCAUGGAGUUAGGGUUUUUCUCUUCUCUUAAGCAAUAAAAGGGGAGAUUGUUUCAGGACUUAGAGUUGCUUUAGAUGCUAAGGAAAUAGGUGGAGUUGGAAACUUUAAUUUUUGUUAAAACUUCUUCUUCAUAGUGCAACCAAGAUUUUUGUGAAUGGAUGUUGGGUAGGAAUUCAUCGAGAUCCAGAUCAGCUCAUGAGCACAUUAAGGAAGUUGAGGAGGCAGAUGGACAUCAUUGUGUCUGAGGUAAUGCCUGAUGAUGGGCUGUUGAUGGCAAAAAUGUAUUUAUGAAUAAUUAUAAAUGUUAGUCUUCCAAACUGACAGAGAAAAAAAGGUAAAUGUGAAAAAUUUACAAAACAUUUUACCACCAAGGAAGAUUCCGUUCUGUCAGAAGGAGGCAGCAUUGCAUGCAAGAAUGUCACUGUGACUGCUGCUCAAUUUUCAGGUGUCAAUGGUGAGAGACUUCAGAGAACGAGAAAUUAGAAUUUACACAGAUGCUGGUAGGAUUUGUCGUCCGUUGUUGAUUGUUGAAAACCAAAAAUUGUUGCUGAAGAAACACCACAUCGAUCAGUUAAAGGAGAGAGAGUACAAUGAGUACAGGUGAGGUAUUGUUAAAUGAUAUAAUUUAAUUUAAACAAAAUCUUUAUAACAUUCACUUUUUACCUCUAUUGCCAUCCUAAAGUAAUUUUUUUCACCAUGCAGGGCGUGAAAUUGCACCUAAUACAGGCGCCAAUGCGACUAAAUUUUUCACUUUGGCGACCAAAUCCUGAAAGUUAGUCGCCAAAUUGGCGACUACAACGUUUCAUCAUAACCUUACCAAGAGAUAUAGUGAAUUAAAUAAAUUUGCAAAGAUAAAUCCGCGGCAAACUUCCUCAUUUAGUUUGUUUCCAAAACAUAGCACAUGCAUCUCGAUCGAUAACUAGACGCCAUCUUGGAUUUAGAUGAGCCUGAACGUUGUAUAUCAUACAUCCUAGUGUCCACUUUGUAGCACGUUAAAGAUCUUUUCCCUAACUUAAUUUUGGAGGGUCUAUCUAGAACGCUGACAGCGUGGCUAUCAGAAAAAAAAGUUAAUUUCACGCCCUGCCAUGUAUUGGAGAGACAAACUUAUAUCCUUAUUCAUACCAAAGCUUAAACAUGUUUUAUAGCAGUUUUGUUAAACACAGAUGACCCUUAAACUCCAAAGAUCUGAUUGUUAAUUCUCCCCUCCAACUGACAUGCAAUUCUUUGUAAAUAUAAGUCAUGAGAAUUUGGUGUUAGAUCAAGAUUAAAACUUCUUCCUGAUAAGUUUGAGUAUUCUCAUUACCUGGUGGCUGGAUAAUGUAUGGAUUUUAUAGGGAGAAAUUACUGGUUAAUUGCUUCUAGGAGUUAAAGGGUUAACAAUAUUUUUCUUCAUAGAAGCUCUUUUAGCUAAUGUUUGUUGACUUCAAAUGUAGCACAUUGAAAAUACAAGUUUGUUAUUACUCGAAUCCUUUGGAAAUCCUCACUUUUUCAGUUCUUUGUCUCUGAUUUUCAUUCACUUAAAUCUUUGUUUAACUAAACAUAUUUUGCUGUUGUGAAUGGGAUAUAAGCCAGGUUUUUAAGAACAUGCAGUCGUCAUGAAACUGCACUGAGAAUAGUAGAAUAGUGAAGUCUGGAGUGCUGUCUGUCUAGCUUGGAACAAGUACACUGAAACUGAUUAUCAAAUUGGCCACACAGAUGUUGAUUUGUUUGCAUGUCACUAGUAUAUGGUAAUUACUUCAAAGUAGACACUCAAAAUUAUAAACUACUGAAAAAGAGAACCACAACAUGUACAUUGAUACUUACAUGUGACACGAGGAGAAGGGGGAUGGGUGGCCUGUGACAACUAUACAUACACAAUUUAGUUCCUUUUUGGGGCAUCAUUUUUUUGUGUAAAAAGAAAAUAGAUUUCAUGACUUUUUGCAGCUGGCAAGACUUGGUGGCAGGUGGAAUUGUAGAGUAUAUUGAUGUAAAUGAAGAAGAGACAGUGAUGGUAGCCAUGACUCCUGAUGAAUUGGUAGAGAAAGGCCAGGCUUACUGUUCAACAUACACUCACUGUGAAAUUCAUCCUGCCAUGAUCCUGGGAGUGUGCGCCUCUAUUAUUCCAUUUCCAGAUCACAAUCAGGUAUUUUUAAUUCCUAAUAUUGUAUGUAUACAACCAUAUGCAUGUAUUUUCACUGUACCUCUAGUGUGGUUGUAUAGUUUCCUUUUAAUCCAAUACUUCAGAACUUCAAACUCAAAGAAAAAAAAAAGUAGUUUACUCAAGGCCACAUUAAAAAAAACUACCACUUAAUAAAAAAUACUGGUAUGUAUAACAUAAAAUAUUUAAUAGUUACUUGUUUUGAAAACUUUUUCUGCAAAAUUUAAGAGAUCCUUUUAAGAAACUGUCUACCCAACUUACCAGUAGCAUUUGUUGCCACCUUGUGGUUUUAUGAAAGUAAGAUGCCAUUGGUAUCAGCAAAAAAUGCCAUCCUAUGUGUAGUUUUAGGCAAGUUUUUUGUAUAUACAGAAUGGAAAAUGGCAACUUGGUGUAAAGAAAAUAAAAAGGAUGGCCUUUAAACCACCGCACCUAAACAUCAAUAUUCAUAUUCUCUGUACUCUUCUCUUUACAUUUCCUAUGGUAUGGAUGGAGAGAAUUUGUUUAACUAUCAAGGGUGACAAUUUAUGGAGAACCUAUCACCUAGGCACCCUUGGGGUUUUAAAUGGUUAAUUAAGGUGAUUCCUCAGGAAAAAAGUUAUCAAACAAUUUUUUUCAAAUUUUCCUUAAAUGUUGCCAACCAAUUUCUGUUUCAAAAAAUACAAUAAAAAAGAAAGUCACCAUGCUUGUUUUAGAAAUAUGAUGGGCUGAUCUUAACCCAUUUAUGCCUCUACUGGCACCAAUUACAUGUGUCAUUUCAUUGGUCAUGGUGCAAUUUGAGGUUGUUGGAAGCAAUAGUUUUUAAAGUACAUGUAACAAUUAAAAAAAGUUUGAAAGGUAGGAAGUCACAAGCAUUUAGAAAAAAAUGGAUAUUAUAUACAUGUAAUUUGUGGAAAAAUCACUCAAAAUGUUCCUCAAGUCAUUCAUUCAUGGUCAUGAUUUGUAUCCUUGAGUAACAGGCUUCAUGCAGGCCUUUAGCUAUAACUUUUUUUCCCUUUCAUAAUUUUUUUUUAAUUUCUCCAAUUUAAACAAGAUAAUUUGCACACCAAAAUUUGCCUUAAUAAAUAAAGGUCACCUUGCUUGUUCAAGAGCUAAAGACCUUCGAAAAUCAAUACAGUGUUCUUGGAAUACACAUAUGCUUAUUGCCUGAUUACAUUGUUUUUGCGUACUGUACUGGAAAUGCAAUACAAUACUGAGGAAUCACCUAAAACAUCAUAUCUUAAGUGGCUAUCCAUUCCUGUCUUCCAAGUAAUAGGGUAAACUUUAGUCUUAUGAGUCUUUACUCCCUGCAUCCUCUUAAACAUAACUUUUGUACUUGUUGACAGUCUCCUCGUAAUACCUAUCAGUCUGCUAUGGGUAAACAAGCCAUGGGUGUGUACAUCACUAACUUCCAUGUGCGUAUGGACACAUUGGCUCAUGUGUUGUACUACCCUCAGAAACCUUUGGUCACCACUCGUUCUAUGGAGUAUCUCAGAUUCAGAGAACUGCCUGCAGGUAAAUGAAAUUAAUUUGUAUAUAAGCACAGUUUGGGGACUACAAAUUUGGCUUUCAAGUUGACUUGUAUAAAAUUUUCUAUUUGCUGAAAGUGAAGUUUGGAAGAAAGGCAUGAAAACUUGUGCGUGGAAUGUAAGAUUUAAACCUUAGAGUACCAGUUAUUCAUGAACAUGUAACAUCUUGGCAACCCUUUAACUCCCAGGAGUGACCAAUUAAGCAAUGUUGGCCUGCAAUUAAUUAAGUUGUCAAGCAGAAAGGUGGCAAGAAGAAAGUAAAGUGUCAUUAUUUGGGACUUUGUUGUAGUAAUAUAAUGAAAUCUCAGAGAUGAGGUUUGUAAGAAAUGUUUGGCUAGCAGAAAGGGGAAUUGACAAUGAGUUUUUGGGAGGGGAGAGCUGUUACUAGUCUAGAGUCAUCUGGCUUGAUUGUCAGUGUUCAAGACUGUAAGUCAGUUCUAAGUUAAAUGAUGUUUAAAGGCUUCCUCCCUUAACAAAUUAAUGAAGACUUGACUGGUCUGCUCAUCCAAUUGUUCAUCAAGAAAGCUCCAUAAUUCUCUCAUCUUAUUUUCAAACUUUGCUGUCUCUUUUCUUUUCUUUAAGGAAUCAAUGCUAUAGCAGCAAUUGCAUCAUACACAGGAUACAAUCAAGAAGAUUCAGUCAUCAUGAAUGCUUCAGCUAUUGAUAGAGGGCUUUACAGGUGAAGAACAAAACAACUCUUGUUUAAAUUCUACAACCAAGUGCAAUGUUUUUUUGUGGCCGACAAAUUUUGUAAUGGCACAUUUAGGUGAAACAUUAUCUUCAAGCUAAAACAUCCCUCAUUUACAGCUCAAUUUCUCAUUGGACAAAGUUUAGGUUAACCCUUUAAAUUCCUUUAGUGACCAAGACAAAAUUUCUCCUUACAAUAUCAAUACUUCAUCAAGCAGAAAAGGGAAUAAGAAUAAAGAAAAAUAUCAACUUGGGAAUUAUUAAUUGAUCCAAUACCUAAUUGUUGGAACUAACAUAAUGAGAAUCGCACGGAAAGCAAUAAAGAACUUUGCUAGUUAGAUCUUGGGAGUAACAGGGUUAAAACGUAUAUACUAUUUGUAAAGUGACUUAAGUCAGUUAAAACUCACAGAAAUGUUAUAAUGUUUCCCAUUGGUGUUCAUGAAACAUUUUGGUCUAAGUCAAGUGGUUAUUAAACAGUGAUGGUUUGAACUUUGCCAGGUCUGUGUUUUACCGCUCAUACCGAGAUCAAGAAUCCAAGAGAGGAAUGGACCAAGAAGAAACGUUUGAAAAACCAACCAGAGAGACAUGUCAAGGUAAGUUGCUUUUUCAUAAUUACUAUGAUAACUAUAACCAUUCAGGUUUUCAUGAGUCGUUUGUUGGCCUUAGCUUCAGAAGUGCAGAUGCUAAUCACUGGGAUCCUCUUUUUUUGUUAGUUAGCGAAUUAAUUAGCCCUCAGCUCCCCUCGGAGCAUGGGCCAUCAACAAUGUCCCUUCUCCACCUCAUCCUAACCUGAGCUAAUCCUAACCUGAGCUAACCCUAACCUGGGCUUUUUUUUUUUUUUUUUUUUUUUUUUGGCAUCCUCUUUUCCGCUUGUCCUGGGCAUUCCAUUUUUUUUGUCAUAAAGUGCUACAAAUGAUUGUCAUUUCUGGGCAAAAAAAAAUUACAAAUCCUUUUCUUUGAUCUUUAGAUUGAGAUGUUUAGAUACUCGAUUUACUAUUUAUUUUUGCAUGGGUUACAAACGCCUCCAAAACCUAACCUAGUUUGAGUGUGUUUAUUCCCUUUUUCUUUACUGGCAACAAUAGCAGCUAUUUAUUCUACCAUGAAUAAUGUGAUAACAUUUAAGAUAUACAAUUCAGAAAAAUGUCAUUAGAGAUGUAAGAUAAUUAUGAAGAGCAUUACUGUUCACGUGCUACGGACAGGCAGACAAAUCUCGGUUUCAUCCACUUAGUUGAUAAUGCAAAAUAGCCACUGUGGAGAGUUUCUUAAGCUGGCGAUUCGAGAGUUAGCCGUUCGACAGAGCUCUUUGUUGCCCCUUCGCUCUGAUGAAGGGUAAACAGUUUAAAUUUCAACUUCAGAAACUCUCCUCAGAGGCAAGUUUACAUUAUCAACUCAGUUGAUAAAACCAAAGUAUCCUGUAAUACACCGACACAGCACCACAGUUUCUUUUGAAAAUUACCCCCGUUAAACAAACAGUUUUCCUUUUCAGGUAUGAGGAAUGCAACUUAUGAUAAACUUGACGAUGAUGGCCUCAUAGCGCCUGGUACUAGAGUUAGUGGUGAUGAUGUCAUUGUAGGAAAGACCAUCACUCUGCCAGAAAAUGAUGAUGAGGUACAUAGAUUUUACCGGAUGUUAUAUAUUUGAAACAAAUUUGGCGGCCCGUGGCUUGUUCUUAGUGCAACUGGGUACUAUAAUGUUACAAUAGACAGUGUCACUGGCUUCUCUCUUCAAAGGCUAAGAUUCAAUGUUUUUCUACAGCUGGAAGGAACAACUCGGAGGUUUAGCAAGAAAGACUCUAGCACAUUCUUGCGUCCAAGUGAGACAGGGAUUGUGGAUCAGGUUAGUUUUUUUUUCUUUUUUAUUUCUCUUGGUUGCGGAUCAGGAAUAGUCUCUUGUGCUUGUGUUUCUUGGUGCAGGUGUUGCUAAUGAUGUUUUUCUGGCUUUCAUUACUUCAAGGUAAUGGUCACCAUUAACCAGGAAGGUUACAAGUUUACUAAGAUUAAGGUAUGAUUGGAAUUGAUUAAAUUAACAACUACACAUAGAAACUUGAAUGGUUUUGGAUUACUUAGUAACGGUAACACUAGCAAUCUGUUCUUGAGGGGGGGAAAAUCUUGCUUAGCUGCAUUAUUGACAUUUAAACUGUGUUUGCGCAGUAAAGUAACUUACCAGCAAAGUUCUUCAAAGUAACAGACAGAUUGUUUUACAUUGUCAGGUUCGCUCUGUUCGUGUUCCCCAAAUCGGAGACAAGUUUGCCAGUAGGCAUGGUCAGAAGGGAACUUGUGGAAUAACGUAUCGUCAAGAGGUAAGCAAAUUCGUGUUUGCGGAGAUUGUGUACCUUGCCUUUAUUUGUAGCUUUUUCAAAUCAGUAUGAGAUAUGGAAAGGACUAUUACUAAAAUUUAAUUGUUGAUGCUAAUGAUCUGUGUUAUUUUUGUUUGUUUGUUUUUUUUUUAUCAGGACAUGCCAUUUACGUGUGAAGGGAUCACUCCUGAUGUGAUAAUCAACCCUCAUGCCAUUCCCAGCCGUAUGACAAUCGGUCACUUGAUCGAGUGUCUGCAAGGAAAGGUAACAGACCACAAUUUGUGUUCUCUCUCUCGAUUUCUCUCAUUCGUUAUGAGUGAACUGGAAAAGAAGGGGUUGGUGUAAAUUGUGACUUCUCACCCGGUGUUUUUUCUAUUUAAUACACCCUACAGUCUUCCAUCAAGUUUCUAUUCUAGGCCAGACCUAUGCACCUACCAUGUACCCGUAGUUCGAACAUGCAUCUCUUUAGUCCUACUUGUUUCCUCCUAGAAAGACUUUGCAUACUCUGAUAAUCAUGUCGACGUCCUUGUAUCCCGAACAGUAGCCUUGUUAAUUUGAUAUAAACAUGUUUGUAGUUUUGGAUCCAUCGCUUGAUUAACGCUGUCUAAUGACGAUUGACAGGUGUCAGCUAACAAAGGAGAGAUAGGUGAUGCCACACCCUUCAAUGACGCUGUGAACGUCCAGAAAGUUUCUCAACUGCUCAACGACUAUGGAUACCAUCUGAGAGGCAAUGAGGUACGGGUCACAAAACGAUGAGCUUAAAACCACAACGGUUUGAUUUUUCUCCUUACGAGCGCUUUUUGACGAUUUUCCAAGUCCGAAGUAUUCAUAAAAACAGCUGCUCUGAAUUCAAAGUGAUAACAAGGAAACUCCCUAAAGUGCAUUUCUUCCGGUAAUGCUGCAGGGAGUUUGUACUCAGCUCUUGGCGUAUGUUUGUAUUUUUGCGCAGUUAGGAAUAGUGAAUGGCUACCUUUUCUUGAGAAGUGACUUAAAGAACGGUACAACGCAAUUAUCUUGUUUUGCUGGUUAUAGGUCUUAUACAAUGGCUUUACUGGGCGAAAGUUGAACGCGCAAGUAUUCUUGGGUCCAACGUACUAUCAGCGCUUGAAGCACAUGGUGGACGAUAAGAUCCACUCUCGGGCCAGAGGUCCAGUCCAGAUUCUUACUCGACAGCCUAUGGAAGGACGAUCACGGUGAGUGUCAAAUUACAACCUCAGGGGGUGGGUAGAGAACAUUUUGUGUCUACCAUGUUUAUGGUGUUAACAUUCAUUUACAAACAGUUUUGAUAUUGUUAUACUUAUUUACAAACGGUAAAUAUUAGCUAAAACCCAAUCUAAGUUUUCAAUCUUUGGUUGUAUCAAGGUGAAGAGAAGGCGAUAAUCUCUCUCCAAAAUCGUUUUUUUGGACGUCGAAACAACCUUUCGCCAGGUUUUUCUAGCAAGUUGCAAUUUUUGCCCGUGGCGAUCCCAGAAAUCUUUGCGCAAACACAAGAAUCCCAUUACUGGCAACUCAUUUAUGGCUAAAUUACCCGUAGAAUCAUGCUGAGCUUGCAGAUGUUCCAUGGAGAUGGGCAGGGAAGGCAGCAAGUGUCCCAACAAAUUGUGUAUAGGAGUAUUGGUCUCACGUUUCUUUCCCCUUUCAUUCUCUGCUAUCUCUUGAGCAAUUCCCAGUUCCUUAAAAAACUGUUAGUUCGUUCAAUACCCCUUUUUCCCCAACGGAAAACCGAGUAUUCCAUUCUCCAGUUGUAAUAAUUAUUAGUUUCAUAUUGCUUGCUUUUCAGUGACGGUGGUCUCCGUUUCGGUGAGAUGGAACGUGACUGUAUGAUUGCACACGGCGCUGCACAGUUCCUGAAUGAACGACUGUUUGAAGUGUCUGAUCCAUAUAGCUGUCACGUGUGUAACUUGUGUGGAUUGAUCGCCAUAGCGAACUUGCGCAAUAACACCUUUGAAUGUAGAGGUUGUAAGAACAAGACGCAGGUAAUUGAACUAAUCUUGUGGGUGUGUAAUGUAAAGCCCUGCUCACACGGAACUUAAUCCAGCUCUGUACAACUUCAGGUUAUCUGAAAGUUGCUGGUAUCUUUUUCCAACCCUUCACCAAUGUCCCCUAACUUUUCCUGUUUUUGAGCGAUUGAACGACAGCCCGGCUACAGAAAAUUGCUGAAAAAAAUCGUUCGCCAUAUAAGUUAGAAAUGGCCUCUCUGUGUUAUGGUCUUUCCGGUGGCAAGAAGCCAACUCAUUGUUUUUUUAAGUAUAUAUCUUACUGGGCAUUGUAUUUUACGUUUGGUGGUAAUAUACUGAUUUAUUGUUGGUUAAGAGUCACUCUAAAAUUAUCAUAAAGGAUUCUGGGAUAGUACAUUUGGCGUAAACCAUUUUGACCUUGAAACUUGAAUAGUAUCUUAUGGAUAGAACAUUUAUUGAGGCUAAAGAUCCAAACUUGUUUUCCGUUUCAGGUGUCCCGUAUUCGUAUGCCCUACGCGGCAAAGCUUCUUUUCCAAGAGCUUAUGUCCAUGAGCAUUGCUCCCAGAAUGAUGGUGUGUGAUCCAGUUAAAUGAGCUACGCUCAUCCUGGCUCCUCACACUGUGAUUUGUGCAUCAAGUUGUCAUUCUGUUGAUGUUUAACGUAAGCUUCCUUAAAUAAGUCAGUCUGAACAUGAUUUAUGCAACUUAGUUGCCGAGAAUGAGAAGUUCGGUAGAGCUAACCACUUUGGCAAGCUUGUAAUGUAGCUUACUAACUGGAGCGUUACGGUAUACUUGACCCCCAAUGUAAACUAAAAUCCUGCAUUCCCUGUGGGUUGGUAAACCUUGAGUAACAUGUGCACCCCGCCCCCCAUAUGGAACGUUUCCUGGUUUGUCCCAAGGGAGGAGAAGGAUCCUCAGGGUGAAUGUGAACCCCGGUCGGUAAAAAAUAGUAAUAAUUUAAAACAACUUGAAUUCUGACGUGUAUUUAGUAAGACACGAAAUGGCAUUUAGGUCCUUCAUGUCAUGUAGGGUCCCCCUGACAUACCCAGAACAGUGGCUUCCUUUCUGCGCAAGCUUCCACCUGAUAAACACUCUAUACAUGCGCUCCUUGAAAUUCUGCUGACACCCUUUGAGCUUUACGAGAAACCUCUCAUAGCUGUCCGGUUUCAGUGUGGGAACGUUUAAAAAUAAUCGCGCAAACCCGAACUCCUUGUAUGUGACUAGCAACUCUUCCUUACAAACCAAGAUUAUUUAGGGCAAUAUCCCUUUCCGUUGAUAGUUCUAUUGAGUCUCUUCACUGUUUCCUCUAGCAACCUACUGAUAUCGUAAAGAGGUAAAGAGAAGGUACAUGUUUAUCACUUUCGUAACACUCGUUACUCUGAUACUAGUAGAAAAAGUAAAUUAAAGAGCAACCUCUUGCACUGAUUGAGGAGCGGUUUUCUUUACUCGCUCUUUUCUUUUUUGAUGUAAAUGACUGAAACAAAUCCUGGCUCGUCUCUUUCAACUGGAAACGUUUACAUGAGGUUGUUUUUGUUGUUUUAACGGAAGGUUAAAGGGGAACUGUUAUGAUCGCAUGUAAGAGUUGAAACAACUGUCUAUGCCUUUACGUUAGUGUCUAUUUCAAACCAUUCGACCAGAAGAAAUUUGCUUUGGUAUGAUUUCGUCUGAAUUCCAUCCUUGGGGGAUCUUACGGGACUCACGGCCAUGUUAAGUAGUAUAUAUCUGUAUAGAAAGAUGAACUUGUUUUUUUUGUAUAGAAAAUUAAAGAUGUUUUUUAAAUGAG